GACAAACGCUCAGUUGCAGUCAGCGAGCCGAAGUAGACAGUCACUGCCGAAGUCUGCUGAUGUGACGCUUGCUUAUUUCGUGUCUGUCAUCUGCAGAGGUGGGGGAAUUUGUUUAUGUAUACGAGACGAUAAACGUGUGUUGUACCAUCUUAUCAGCUAUUCACGAACAUUGUACAUGAACAUAAAAGACCAAAGGAAGAAAAGAAUUUACAUACCAGAGUGUUUGUAAUAUUUCCCAAAUAACUAAAGAAGUCGUAAGUGCUUCUUGAAAUGAGUAAAAGCGUUUGGUAUUUUGAUCCAUUGAUUUUGUUUUUUACAAAAACAUUAAUUAUCUGCAGGCCAAGCAUCAAGAACGAAGACAUGUGGCUGCGAUGGUUGACGGCAACCCUGUUGGCGGUGUCACUCUAUUUAGUCGAAUCCAGACAUUCAUGUGAAAUAGACGGAUGUGUACAUGGCAACGGCCACUUAAAGUGCCAAUCGUGCAGGAUUGGUUGUUGGGGGUCCAAUUGCAGUUCUUCAUGCUGGAAACACUGUCACAGGGACGGAUGUGACAGAAACACAGGGACAUGUUUCCUGUGUAAACCAGGGUUCCACGGGCCACGUUGUGACAGUCAAUGUUCACCGAGAUGCUCAGGCAACCAACUGGACCAUUUAACUCACUGCGAUCGAGACACUGGUGAGUGUUAUGAGACGUGUCAAGACUCGGCUGGCACAAACUGUGAUAGGCGUUGUCCAUCGAACUGCAGGAGUAACAGAUGUGAUAAACUUACAGGGAAAUGUCUGAUUGGGUGUCAGUCGGGUUGGAAAGGAGACUUCUGUGACACAUCCUGUGGCAGCUGUCUUGGGGGAAGAUGUAGCAGCAACGGCUACUGCCUGGAUGGGUGCACAGCAGGUUUCUACGGCAAGAUGUGUGAACGAACUUGUCCUCAUUGUUGGACCACUGGUUGUGACAGACAGACUGGGAUAUGUGAACAGUGUCAUCCUGGUUACCAUGGAAACCACUGUAACAGGAACUGUUCGGACCAAUGUUAUAUGGACCGGGGUGGUGACAGGAACUGUGAUAGGGUUGAUGGUAAAUGUACGCAAGGCUGUAAGCCUGGGUGGCAUGGACCCCACUGUAAGACGCAGUGUAGUGAAUAUUGCAAGUCCCAGUGUUACAGUGAGAAUGGCAUCUGUAUAGGGGGCUGUGUAAAAGGUCAUUACGGCAAACAUUGCCAAAAGAAAUGCAUACAUUGUAAAUACGAUGAAUGUCACCACCAUGGCCGCUGUAGCCAGUGUCCAGAUGGUUUUUAUGGACACAGCUGUGACCAACCAUGUCCUGGGGCCUGUGAUACAUGUGAUCGCAACGGUCGGUGUAGCCAGUGUAUAGAUGGCAAAUAUGGCAAAAGCUGUGACCAGCCCUGUCCUUGGGGUUGUGUUUCAUGUGAUCGUGAGGGAAAGUGUACACUUGCACGGGGUGGAGAACCUAGUAGUUCUGGUGCCACCAUGUAUACUGACACAGUCUUAACCCUCGGUGGUGUUCUGUACAUUAUCAUCAUUGUCGUUUAGGACGGACGGUAAUGAAACAUUCGUAACGGAAGGGUCCUUACCUCUUGAUUGUGAGGCACUUUGAUCGGGUGUCUCUAGAUUUCAAGUCUGGUAAGGGCUCAACUGUACAAUGGUUCAUUUCAAGUCUGACGCUAACAGCUUAACACAACAUAUUUGACAGUUUGUUACAUGUGCUAUUUUUCAUCUGGGAAGAUCUCUCACAGUUAUAAUAUAAAAACGUUGUACUUUUGUGUAAUUAGGAUAAGAAAAAUAAUGCAGCAAGACAAUUGUUAUAUAUUCAUAUCGAAACGUUUGUAUAUAUUACAUUGUGUACAUUAAUUGGUUAUAUUUCUCUGAAUUUUGAAUAAACAUUUAUACAUCA